UAGCAGUUGGGUCUCCUGAACUGAUUCAGUGAGGUCCAUAUAGACCCAAAAACGAUAAUUCCAUUUAUUUUUCUUAAACAUAUGUCAUGUUGCUGUUAUGAUAUAACUGCACGAGGUUUAUCUGAUGCUUUUAUGCUCACAGAGACCGAUUGAGUUGAAUUAGUAGCACACAUGCUGUGUGACCACUGAUGGCUGAAACAAUGCAGGGCUCAGUGUCUGACCAGAUGGCGACUCUCUCUGCCAUUUGGGAGUCGUAUGCGCAGCUCAUUCGUAGGCGCAGUGAUAGACACCCUGAGCAGAAGUUGCUGCAAAGACGCCAAGUGCUGAACCAGUUUCUCCACCACUUCAUCAAUGUCAGUGCAGAAGACAAAGGAAACAUUUCCAUUGGGGAGAUGCGUAAUGUGGGUAAUGAACUGAGUCAGGAGUUCCUGCGCAAUGUGGACGCUAUCACCCGCCACUUGGGUGAGGAGGAGGCCACUAGGGCGCUGGAAGACUACAUGCUCAGAGGCUCCGGCUGGAGGCUGCUCUACACAAUUGACAGAGUUGGGGUUAAGGGAGUAACCCAGAGGCAUGACCUGUGCCAGGUGCUCCUCAACUUGCUGCCCUACUGCUCUCACUUGAAGCCUGCUGGUACUGGGGAGCCAGAGGGACAACUGCCAAACCUGAGUGGGCGACCACUCGCUUCUACGGAAGGGCAGACGCAAGGAGUUCAAGACUCAGUGCAGAAUGCAGACAGCAAAAAGUUCAUGGACCUUAUUGAUGAAACAUACAACAGCACUCUACCCCUGAGCUCGUGUUUCCAGCUGGUCAACAAGUCCUCCAAAUUGAAACCCCUGGGCUGCCCGAGUCUGCAGAGCCGCAAGCUUCGUCGAGUGGAAAGCAACACGUCUCAAAUGUGCAGCCGUAAGAAGGAGAAGAAACGGGAGGGAAAAGCAAGACACGGAUCUCAAUCUAAGAGAAAAUUAACGAGAUCCACACCUUCGAAAAGGAUCUUGUCCAUUCCAAAGUCUGACUCAGAUGAGGAACCGACAUCCACUAAUCUGAGUGAUGGUGGCGGUAGUGUAGGACCGAACAGACAUGAGGAGCGACGUGCAAAGCAGCCGAGGUUCAAACGCGGUCUCCGCACUCACAUGUGGUCUGCUCAGGCUCGUGAUGAAGACUCGGACACGGACGAUGAGUACAUCGGCUCUGUGAAAGAAGUUCUGGAUUCUGGAGGGUUUAUCACUGCCUAUCAUCUGGCUAGGAUUAUCCUGAGGCUUCUUCAGACACUGGGCGAGCUGGAUGUAGGUCAGAACAGUGCAGGGCGGGGUCUGUCAGCCUCCAUCUUGCCUCAUCUUCUCUAUUUCUUAGCUCAGUUUCGCCAGCCUAUGCCUCAGCAGCAGCCACAGCAGUCUAGAGAAGAGCUCAGUGGUAUCAGCAAAGCUGAAAAAUGGCUGGAAUCUCAGCCUCUUCCAACGCGGGAUGCUUCCAACCAGCACAAUGCAGAAAAUGUCGCUAGUACGGAAGAGGUUAUGGCGGACCGAGAGGUUGAUGCCGAAAACGGAUUGCGGUCAUCAUUUGACGAGGAGGAGGCAGAUACUGUUCCGUGGCAGGGUGUGACCAGGAUGGUUGUGCUGAAACAGCUGGUCAGAGCGUUGCUGACCUUGUCGUCUAUUGUUGCAACUCAGCAGAGUGGAGUCCGCAUCCUCAAUAACCUGAAAGUCAUAGAGUCAUUGCUGGACAUAAACAUUCUGGACACUCUGAUCCCUGGCCCUCAGAACAAAGGGAAUCACAACGUCCCCACUUCAUCUGCACCCUUUGCACCCGGCAAUGGAAAGCUCUUAGAUUUAUCAACUAACAUGGAGGCCAGUGUUGCUAUGGACUCUGUGUGUGGUGUGCUGCAGCUACUGCAAGCCAUAUACACCAGUCUGCCUUUCAACCCUUCUUACAUCAGUGACGCUAAUCUUCUAACGGUUAAACUGAUGCGACCAGAUAUCACACUCCGGAUCAAGCGCCUUAUGGGGUACCUGGAAGACAGAACCCACCUUUUGGAAAAGAGCCCAUCGUCCAGUGAGCUCUUUGAUCAGGAGAUACUGUCUUCUGUAGACAGUUCUCGACCCACGCUGCACACAGGUGUUGACCCGGAGAAGAAAGAUUUUGUGCCGUCUCCGUUCAGUGUAGAUGUAGGGGGAGAGGAGGUGGGUUACCCAAAAAAUGAUGAUGAGGACAGAAGAACGAUGGAGGAGCAACAGGUUUUGUCUUCUAUGGAAAGUUCACCACAGGAAAGUGGUGAGUUCCUGGGAAAGGUUGUUGAUGAUCCUCAAAGUUUUCCCACUGAUCCAGGAGGAACAAAUAAAAAGUCUUCUGCUCAAGGAUCGGGCUCAGUUCUAGCCAGCUCUGUGGCUUUUGUGCUGGACCUGAGCACUGACUUUGUUCGCUGUUUUGGCUCGUUGAUCACUGCUCUUAAAGGGGUCAAGGUCAACUACAUCCAUGCGGUCAGGUGUCUUAAACGGCGUCAUCGUAACUGCGAGUACACAUCUUAUUUCGACCACCACCAUGACAUCCUGGGAGUGCCCCAUUACAGCAUCGACAUUAACCAAGGCUAUGAGACAGAAGAAGAUGAUGUUGAGCGCAGCCUGAGCAACACUCAGAGCCAGCGUGACGAUCAGCCACAAGCAGCCUCAAGGAGGUCUCAGUCAGAAACUCCGCCACCUCUCAAGUGUGUGGUGUCGGAGCUUGCGACGAUUUUGCUCGAUUCUGUGUCCGAAGCAAAAUACAAGGCCAGUCAGAUCCAGCUUCUGUCAACGCUGAGACUUGUUGGAGUCUGUUGUUGCCUUCAACCCGAGCGCGUUGUGUCAGCUAUCGUGCCCCAGCUCCCGCAGUUCUCUCCCGCAGUGCGCAGCUUUGCACUUGACACGUUGACAUCGAUACUUCUCGACCAGUUUCAAGGUGCUCAGGAAAACAACCAAAACCAGCACCCCAAAGCUGCUGCAGGCAUCACGACCAACACCAAGGGGUGGGAGAAGGGCAAAGAAUCCCUCCCGGGAGAGUCGCCUCCUGGGCCGCAGACUGACUCUAGCCGUUGUGCCCACUGUUAUCUGGAGGGUUCAAACCCCCUUCUGGCAGGCUUUCCCACAACACUGGACUCUGGUUUUUCUAGCUGUGACAUUGAGGAGAUCCGGAGACAAAGACUUUUGGAGCGUUGGAAGUCUUUGAGGCUUCUGAGGAAGAUUAUCAUUGCCCGAGAUGAGAACAUCGCUCUAUCUUGUGCGAAGCAUCUUAUGACUCUUGCUAUUCGGGGAAACAGUGAAAUUAAGGAGGAACUCUUUUUCGGAGUGUACUUGCAUGUGCUACAUAUGAAAGUACGGAUGCCGGGGCAUUUUCCAGAAUACUCUAGAAUGGUCUCAGAAGAUGCUUCUGUGAUUCUGGACAGGACUGAAGCCCUUCUUCAGGAGGCGAAGGGAGGAGAAGGUGUAGAAGGUUCAGACAAAGCAGGAAAUAUGCCAGAGUUGGCACCAGCAAUGUUUGACUCAAUGACCAUGCUUAACUCUCAGGAAUCUCUUAGUGACAAUGUUCUGGUCAGCGGGUCAUUGACCCCGGCAGAAAUCUCUUCAGCUGAAGACACUAAUGGGGAUGGAUCAGUGUCCAGUUCUGUGAUGCUGCUGUGUGUGUCCGCAUUGCCGUAUGUGCUUCAGGUGGACAAGGUGAUGUCCAUGUUCCUGGCACGUGGUGGACUGUCCAAACUGACCGGACUUUUGGAAUACCAGCAGAUGAGGGCUCCAGUCAUGAGUGUCUUCGAGGCUCUCGUUAUGAUUGAUGAGCGACGGUUGCGAGGCAGUUCUUCUUCUCAUCAUAAAUCUGUUUAUGAAGGAGGUGGGGUCAUCCAAACAUUUAUCGACACAUUGGCCAAAAGGACUUGUACAGUUACUGCUACUCUGCAACUAAUAAGCCUCCAGUCUUCCAAAGACGCUCAGUCAAAAGCUGGCGUUUCCGGAACAAAAAAUGAGAGCUCCUCAGACCCAGCGGCUCACGAAAAUCAAGAAGGAGAAGCAGAAAAUAAAGAUUCUUCCAAAUUCAUUUCAACUUCUUUUGCAGAACAAGCCAAAGAAUCAUAUUGUCCUCCAACUAUGCUCUCAAGUACUAACCCUGCUCCUUUAGAGUCGCGAGAAAACUUGGCACAUCCGAUAGAAACGGAUACUUUCGCUUCCCAGAGCUCAGUGUCUCCCAACACAGAGGAACUGCGACUCAAAACGGGUUCAGACAGCUCUGAUCUUUUUCAGAGCCCAUACUGUGGAAUGUCAGAGAGUUUGCCUGUGUUGCUGGACAUGUGGAAGACUUGCGCCAAAUUGUGCAUGAAUAGUCGCAUGUUCCGCGCCUGCUACCGAGAAUCCCCAUGCCUUUAUGUUGUUCAGGAAACACUCAUCCUCGCCUUGAGCCUGCUCGGAGAACUGAGCGACUCCACCUCCUCAAACCCAUCUCCCCCCGAGAAUGUUGAAAGCUGCAGCAGCAACACCGCCAGCAGCGGCAGCUCCGGAAAUGCCACCUCCAGUAGCAGCAACAGCAACAGCAAUCCUUCCGAACCGGUAGCCACAUCUCCUGGGAAAGAGGGCUGUAGUAACCAAAGCUCCAGCUCUGGUGGGAGUAGCAACAAAACGCCGAGUGAUGGGGCUGGGGGUGUGACAGUGAGAGAGGAAGCCUCCUCCGCUGCGUCAUUUCACCACCAGGCCAAGUUGGAGUUUAUCGAAGCUGUGAUGAUGGUCUGUUUCUCCUGCCACACCAUCGCGCCCUCGCAGAAGCGUGGUCAGGAGGAGGAGUUGUGGCUUCGUCUAAGCUCGGCGCUACAAAGCUGUAUACGUCUGGAGGCGUCCAAGCUCUCUGCUGUAUUCCAGAUGUUGCUCAACGUUGCACUUCCUCGGUGCCCAUCUAUCCUUGAAUACUCCUACGCCCAGGUGCUUUCCAUGCUGAACAUUCGUGAGCGCGAGGACAUUGCGGAUGAGGACGAGGUGCGCCAGUUGCUGCAGCAGGGCCUGGAGGAGGAGGGGGACGUCGUGAUGACAGAACAGGGCUAUGAGGGGGACACAGAGUACUCUAUCGGCUUUGACUGGAAAACUGGUCUCGAGUACAGCCUCCAGCAACAGUCUCAAGUGUCCCCAAAUGCAAACCAAUGCUCAAGCUUUCCAGCCGUCUUCCGCCUAUUUGUGGAGCUGAUGGUGGCUUGUCACCGCAUCGCUUCAAGGGGAGUCAUCCUCCACACGGUGGCGCUGCGACUGCUGCAGACGCUGCGCUCAAGCCGCCGGGCGGUGCGGGCCGUCUGCUCUGAAAAUUUGCUGGAAGUUCUUGUGGAUGGAUUCCAAGAGGUGCUCGUCCACUGCCCUGCCAAUGGCAAACAAUCCACCCUUCAGGAGAUCAUCCUGUCUCUGGUUCAGGUGAUAGCCCAAAGUGAAAUCUCAGCUGCUGAACUCCGCCAGUUCCUGAGGCUAUUCCAGGACAACACGGAGACUACGAACUCUCUGCUGUCCAGCUUGUUGGCCGUGGUAGAAAACAGCACUGUGACCCCAAACUUCUCUGCUAUUUUCCCUGUGAAGACUCUGAUGCCUUUGGAAGCCACAGGACGUUCAGAUGACUCGGAUGAGAGCCCAGAUUCUCCCCAGGAGCAGGCUGUGUGGCAUCACACUGCUGUCGAGUUUGAGGUCCCGGGCAUUGCUUGGCCACCAUAUCCUGCAGGCUUCACUAUAGCUCUGUGGAUGUGCCUUGACCAGCACCACUAUUCCAGUGGUCAGUCAGGGAAUUCCUCAGCCAGCUGGCCCAAGCACGCAGGAAAGGACAGAGCAGGUGGAAAGCCCCGUUCUGACUCUGACAACUUUGAGAAGUUCUCCACAACACCUGCACAGUUCCCGAUGAGUGAGUGUUUGUUAGUAGCUGCCAUUGGCAACAAGGAGAAAAUGUUUGAAGUGUGGAUUCAUCCAAAAACAGCCUCGCUUGUUUGUAGACUGACCACCGGCCUGACGGAGGUGAUGGUUCUGCGGGACAUAACGAUUGACCACUUGAUCCCCCCUGGUGAGUGGCAUCUACUGGUCAUCUCCUACAUGGAUGUGUUGGAUGGAAGCACCUUUGUGGGCAAGCUCAAUGUGAUCCUGGACGGAUGGCUGAAAAAAGAGCUUAUCUUGGACCACCCCGCCAGCCUGAGCCGACACCUGCAUCCACAGCGGCCCUUUUUGUGUGUGGGCGAUGCCCGUCACGGGGCCACAAAGGUACACACAGGAACCUGGAAGCUGGCUACGCUGCGGGUUUUCAGAGGGACCAAUUUGAGCGAUGACUUCUGGUUCCAUCUGUACUGCCUGGGUCCGAACUGCGAGGGCCUGGGCAAGUGUGACGGAGGUGAGCAGCGUGCUUCCUACACACCAUCCAUGCUGAAACACAUGGUGGGAGUAACGCAUCUCUCCUGGGACGUCCUGGUGGGCCUGAGUCCACUGCCGGACUUGGACAAAGCUCGGGACAGCCAAGUCGUGGUGUACAGGGUGUCGGAUCCAGCAGUCUAUUCCACAUUUGUCAUGCCCCUCGUCUUGCCAAUGACAGCACAGGAUGACCUUGGCCUCGUCCCACAUGCAGGUCUACAGUCGGAUCUCUUGACCCAAAAGCCGCGAUUGUUGUCUUGCAGCAUGCGAGGCAGGGUCAAGGUCAGGGAAAACAACUCCCUAGAGAAGGCAAUAGAACAGGCUGGGGGCAUUGGGGCUUUCCUCUUUCUGGUGGCAAAGAUUUACGAGAACAGCCAGCGACAAUCUGAGUGCAAAGGGGCCAGCGGCUCCCAGGCUGAGAUGCUGCAGAGCAAAGUGACCCUUCUCAUGUUUCAACUGGUCCACCGCUUCCCAUCCCUGGCCCUGGCCUUCGAAGACACCAACGGUUAUGCCAUGCUGGCCAAGGUGUUUACCAGCUCCAAGAGCAUUGUUGGAUAUCAACUUCUGAAAGUUCUGACAGAUGCCACUACUACUGACUCUGUGUUCAAAUCCAUUCCUGGCUCCCCUCAUCCGGUGCUCCGGAAUCAUCCGGAAGGCGUUAUUCGUGAUAUCACACUUCUGACACGCUUACUGCUUGACUGGCGGGUCUGGAACAGGGCCGGGGAGGGAGUCACAGGGCUGCUGUUUGGGGCCCUGGAGUCUCUGGUCUGCCCCCAGCACCCACAUCACAACUUCAACCUGCGCCAGAUGCGAGCGGGUGGUGUCAUUGGCAAGAUCUUCAAUAUCUAUCUGGAGCGUAUACAAGAGGGCCAGCCAUCUCUGUCUGUGCCGGUCAGCCAGUCAGCCGCUCAUGUGGUCAAGAGUUUACUAGGCUCUCCACCAGACCUUCACCUCCUCAUGGCAGUGAUGGAUUUCCUCCUUCUGGUCCACCCUGCCCCGAGCGGGUUCAUCAGUUUUACACGCGGAGCAUUCUAUUUCAAGUUGUGGUGGGAUGGUUCCAAGCCAAGGUCUGUGAGUAUGCGAGACACAAAGCCUAGAAACCCUCUCAAGAGGGCAGAGAGUGAGAGAGUCAGUCACAACAGUCCACUGAGUGAUAUUGUGGAGGGAUACAAGGAUAACAUAAUUCCACCUUGCUCCGCGCCACCUACAUCGCGUCAGAUCUUCCAGGCUGGAGCUGACUCGAGUGAUAGCCCAGGAGUGUCGGAGGAUGAUGAUGGAGAGUUCCAGUUCCCACCGCUGCAAGUUACCAACUCCAUCACUGGACUCAAUGUGGAGGAGAGAGUCAAAGAUGCCGAGUCUGAAGCCCAGGCUCUGAAUCUGUCUCAGUCUUCUCAAGCCGACGAUGAGGCUACAGCUGCGGAAAAUGCGGUCUAUAACGUACAAGACACAACGGCUGUCAGUAUUUCUGAACUGACCAGUAGUUCCGAGUUUGAGAAAAGAGCCGCUGAUAAGGAUCAGCUUGGCCUGACUGAGGACUUUGAAAGUGAACUAAAGAAUGAACCAGGUAGACAGUCAUAUGAGGAAAGUGAAAGGAAUGAUGUUUUUACUGAGGAAGUCUCCACUGAAGGAAGUUCCCGUCCGUCACCGAGAAAACGUCUUGAUUUUCAAUCAUCUAACGACAGUGGGUCUCUGUUAGGUAAAGAUGAUAAUUCUGGGAAAGAUCGCGCUCUGCAAAAGCAAGAUGACACAUAUAAAAAAGCUGGAGAAAAUAGAUUUGAAGAUACUCUGAAAGCGGAUAUUGAUGAGGAAGAAGAAGGGACCAUGAUUGAAGGUUCGCAGCGGUCAGUUGCUUCCCCUGAAGCUGUCGAAGAAUCUGCCGAGACUAUGGAUGAUCAAGACCAGGGAUUGAUGACCUUGUGUGUCAGCCUAUUGGAGUACAUGACCCACUUAAUCCUGGAGUUUCCUGAGUCAUCACUGGACAGUGUGUUCAGCAAAGUUGUCAGUCCCAAGAGCAUGCUAGUUUUGGCCAAGAACCCUUCUGCUGACAUGCGAUUGGCUGUUAUGAAGCUGCUGGGAGCGUACUUGUCCCGAGCGCCAGCUACUCUGGUGGACGCCUUCAUCAAACUGGACGGUUUCUACCUCUUGGCCAAUCAGCUCCGCUCAUUCCCUGUCAACACUCGGCAUGUUGAGGCUGCCAUCUCCAUUUUCCUCAAACAGGACUUUGCUUUUGAUGAGAACUACAUGUUGGGUGAUCUCGGGGAGUUGACAGCUGUCCAACAGGUGGCCCCGAUUCUGCUGUUGUCUCUGCUGGAUGGCACGGCUGCCGAUGUGGAUUUGUGCAGGAACACUCUAAUGCUUCUGUCUCAGCUCCUUGAGGCCACACCCACCAUGAGUACGCUCUUACUGGACCUCGGCCUGGCUGAAAGUCUGUGCAACCUGGCCACCAGCAUCCAACGUCGCCAGGCACUGGGUGGCACAAGCAGUGAGGAAGAGGUGACCCACAGCCUCCUCAUAGACGUACAGCACACGUUAUGCACAACAGCAGUCUCAGAGCUCAGUUGGACUGGACCGUCUCAUUACCAAAAUGUGGAGGAUCUCUUCACUCUGCUCAAGGCCCUGGAGGACAAUGAGUUCGGCCGACAGAGCGCGGGGAGCAAGAAGCGAGCAGACACAGCUCGUGCCUUCCAGAUAUCACUGGUGGUCAAGAUGUUUGAGUACAUUGAGAAGCGAAGUGAGGAGUUCACGCAGACCGCUGCGCAAGGAUGGUUCACCUCCUCCAACUCGGCCACCUCCCCUUCAUCUAAAACCCGACGCCCUGUGUCCCGUGGAGGCGUUUUGUCCUCCCAUUCCUUCACCAUGCACUCCUCCUCUUCCACCACCUCCCCGGCCUCUCAACGCCCCCUUUACCUGAAACAAGACCAGACCUUUCUCCCCCGUUCCGAGCGCGGCCUUCCCUUUCGCCCGACUCUAAUGCGACGCAGCACUUUCUCCUCCCCUGACAUGAUGGGCCUUCUCUCAGAGCCGGGCAAGGACAAUUCCGCGUCAACCGGUGACCGCCAGGGAGAUAACGAGUCGUCAGGGUCUAACUGGGUCACUUCUCCCCAUCGGUCUAGCUCAGAAAGCGGUUCGCGACCCUCUCGUCUUGGGAGCAUCUUCACACGCAGACACAAGAUGAUCUACGCUUCUGUCACACAGUCUGACUUGUUAGAGCGGUUCCGGAAGCUUCUUGUUGUGGCUUCCGACUUGGCUGUGAUGUAUCCACGGGAUGAGAUGAUGCGUCCUGUGGAACAGAGAACUUUGAACUUCUUUGCAGAACCCAAGACACCCAUCUUAGAAGAUCGCUACCUGAAGCACUUGUUUAUCAACGUCUUUAGAUUCUAUGAGUAUAGCCUGAACAAAGAUGUGUACAACAAAAAGAACAGGAACCCCAUCAUGCAUGGUGCCAAGGACGUCCUCCGAUUCCAGUUCACUCGUCUGUUCUUGUGUAUGAUGUCGCUCAAAGUGGACUUUGACAUGCGUGCCUACACUCUGGCUUUUGUCAUGGCGGAACCUCGAGGCACUGAUGCUAUCAAGGCUGCCAUCUCAGACAAACAAGUGGGUCAGGAGCUGAGUUUCUAUCUGCACAAUUUGCUCUCCUGUUGGAAGGACUGGCUCAAUUCUGCACAGCGAGAGAACGGUUUUUCGCUCAUGCAGAUCUUGCGUCGGGCAGGCUUCAGUGUCAACUCACCCGACAAAAUGCUGACUCAGCCACAGGUCAACGCCCAAGUGGAUGAGAAAAAGCAGAUUGAUGCACGGUACAGAAAAGAUCUCUUGCUGUGGUUGCAAAAGCGGGAAGCAGGAACUUCAAGGAUCACUCAGAAGUUUGAUGGUGUGCUGCGGCGAGUGACAGAGCAGGCCAUGGCAGUGACACAGGACAUGACGCGCCUGCAGGGGGAGGAGAGACACAAACUGGUGACCCACCUCAAGCAGGCCAUGACAGCUCAGAUACAACUGAAGAAGCAGUGGCAGACUCUGGUGCAGGAUCUCACACACGAGAGAGCUGUGUGGUACAGUCCAGCCUCCUACCCCCAGUCAUGGCAGCUUGACCCCACAGAAGGUCCGGGCCGGGUGAGAAAGAGGCUGCAGCGUUGCCAUCUGGGCAUUGAGAGACGCUUUCUACUUGAUCAGCACCAGCUCAAACUGGACGCAGAGUCUGUGGACCCGCCUUUGAUUUUCCUGUUUGAGGAUGACCACCAGAUGUCAGACUCCGCUGCCCUCAUCUAUCGUCUGUAUACGAAUGAGAAAAUACAACAUACGUGUCGGUGCACAGCCGUGUAUCCUGCCAGUGAGAGCAAAGGGGAACUGCUUGUUGGUGAGGUGUGUAUCUUCUUUGUGGCUGAUGGUGCCAUCUCAGGGGCAAACUACACCCAGAUGUUGCUAGGCAACCUGGACCAGUUGUCCAUCACGUGGCCACAUACUGACAUCCGAGAGUUGCACAAGCGCUGGUACCAGCUGCAGGACGUCGGGCUGGAGAUCUUCCUCAUCAGUGGACGCACCUGUCUCCUUGCCUUCCAGUCCACAAAUGACCGAGACGAGCUGUACACUAUUUUGCGCAGUUCCCUAGAGUUGCCAAACCUGAUAGCGGGGGAGUCACUGCAGUCGGUGCAGAAGGCUUGGCUGGACGGGGAGGUGACCAACUACGAUUACCUCAUGCACCUGAACAAGCUGGCAGGCAGGAGCUACACAGACCUCAUGCAGUACCCCGUGUUUCCCUUUGUGCUGCGUGACUACCACAGCAAUGUUCUCAAUCUGAAGGACACGAGUGUCUACAGGAAUCUUAAGCGCCCAAUUGCUGUACAAGAUAGGACCAGGGAGGCAAGAUACAAAGACAAUUAUGAGUUCCUGUGUCAGGAGGCGAGGGAGCCUGAUGCAGAGAACCAGAUGCUGCAGCCCACUCCCUUCCAUUACGGCAGUCAUUACUCCAACAGUGGAACAGUGCUGCACUAUCUGGUCAGACUGCCACCGUUCACUCGCAUGUUCCUUUCUUACCAAGACCGGAAUUUUGACAUUCCUGACCGCACGUUUCACCACUUGGCGACUUCCUGGCGACUGUCUAGUUAUGAGUCCAGCACCGACGUCAAGGAGUUGAUCCCAGAGUUCUUCUUCCUACCAGAGUUCUUCAAAAACGCCGAAGGCUUUGACUUUGGCUACCGUCAGAAUGGAGAACCAGUGGACGAUGUUCACUUACCACCAUGGGCUGGAGGCGACCCUCGACUCUUUGUCCUCAUUCACAGGCAGGCUUUGGAGUCCGAGUUUGUGACCUUUCACCUCUCAAACUGGAUUGACCUAGUUUUUGGCUACAAGCAGCAAGGAGAGGAGGCUGUCAAGGCCAUCAAUGUGUUCCACCCCUCGACAUAUUUUGGUGUUGAUGCCAGCACUGUGAAGGAGCCUCUGAAGAGGCAAGCACUGUUGACCAUGAUCCGCACUUACGGUCAGACUCCAAAGCAACUGUUCCGCACUGCUCCUCACCCCCGCUGCCAACUGCGCUUCCCUUCCACAGAUGCCCAUGUGCGACGCCCGGUUCCCAACGUGGUAGGCCUCCGCUGGGGUUUGUACGUGGGCUCCCCCGAGCUGCCCCCUCCCGUGUGCCACAGCCUGAUGGACGUCUCCCCCGCCGUCAUGGCCAAGCUGGUGGCUCUCCCCACAGGCUUGGUCUUUGGCGUGGAGAGGAACUGCAGCAUCCUCCUGCUGCACGGGAAACAGAGAGACAUGGCUGUGCGCUCCACAGAUGUGAUGUGGGCUGGGGUGGUCACGUGGGGUUACCACGACGAGGUGAUCCGUAUUCGCAGCUACAGAGACAAGCCGCUCAUCAACUUUCUGCCUCACCAUUCUUUCGGAAAGAUUUUGUGCGUGGAGUCGGUGCCAGACUGCCGUCUUCUCUUCACUGCCGGCACCGCAGGCGUCAUCAACGCGUACAAUAUGACCCACAACUCCUCCAAGCCAAGCAACCUUCAGGUGCGCGGGGUGAGGAAAACUCUGUACGGGCAUUCCGGUGCUGUGACCUGUCUGUACGUGUGCCAGGCAUUCAGUCUACUGGUGUCGGGCAGUCAGGACGGCACCAUCAUCUUGUGGGAUUUGAAUCGGUUAACCUACGUGCGCUCAAUCUCCAGUCACUGUACUGAAGUGUCGACUCUGACUGUCAGUGACACGCUGGGAGAUAUUGCCAGUGUUAGUUAUUCAGGUGACAAGGAGUGCAGUCUCCAGCUACACACUGUGAAUGCAAUCCACAUUGCCUCUCAGACAGUCAGUGACCUUAUCCACUGCCUGGGCUACUCGUGUGCGCCAGAAGGAAAAGCGGUCAAUGUUGUGGCUGGGGGUCUGGAGUCUGGUGUCAUCAGGUUAUGGAGCAGCUGGGAUCUUACACCAUUACGAGACUUGGAAAUGCUCAAUCCUCGUGCUGUGAUAAGCCUGACCUUCACAUCUGACUCUCAGUACCUGAUGGCAUCUCUCUCGGACGGCAGAGUGGUCAUCUGGAGCCGGGAGGAGAGGCUCAUCCGCCGACAGCUGGACAAAUUCAUUCCAGUCAUCAAUUCUGCAGAUGGAGAAAAAUAAGUAGGUGUACAGUCCAGAAUGUGGCCACACUACACAAGGCACUACUUUCUGAAUAAGUGUUGUUCAUCCCAAUCAAUCUGAGAGAGAGGCAGACAAGAGGGGACUUUUCUUUUCUAGCAGAUAUCAUCUGUGCCUUUGGGACAAACUCUUGAUCAAAUGUACAGAUAUCAAAGUAGUGGUGAAGACAAGUGGACAAGCUAUUGUAAUAUGUUUCACCUUCCAAAAUGGAAUUUUGAUCCAAAACUGAAUACUUCCUUACAGAUCAAGACUCUAGAGGAUAAGUUAAUGGAAUCAUAUACAGUGUCACUAUACAAAAUUAUACUCUUUACUUAUGUUUUGAUAUAAAUUAUACUACAUAGAAGACUUUUCAUUCCUUGGUAUUGAUCGAAAGUUAUACGAUGUGAACAAUUUGUGGACAAAAUGAGACUAGCGCCAUUUUCAAAGUUUAGCCAAAGCUAGUACCAUAAUAUCCGGCAGGGUGAAGCAAAUUCCUUUUUCACAAUACAUAAUUUGUGCUCUUUAAAACACCACAGCAAGUGUUGCUUUUUAUACUAAAUGCGACAAAGGCAGUAGAUCUUUCUUGACGAAUUGCAAAGAAUCCAUUGCAGGCCAAUAAAGUUAUUUCUUCAAGUCAUGUGGCUUUGCUUUUAGUGGCAGAAAAUUUGUCUGCAAUCCUUUAGUUCCUGAUUACUUUAAGUCCUAUAUUUAGGCUUCAGUAACAGUAACUCUUUUUUGAUGAAUUUAAAAUAUGAUUUCGAGCUUAAGAAAAACUAAGACGCAGCUAUUCAGACAAAAGCACAAAGAGUAGAGGAAUUAAAUUGUUGUAUUUGACUAGCUAAUGCAAAUCACACAACCUGCUGGUUUUGUUAUCUGUAUUAUUUCAGUUUUAUUAGUAACUGGUAUCAUCAAUCAUUGUAAGGUCAGAGCCAAAGUUACUCUUUAAAAUAAAUAUCAUUUGAUAAGUAUUUUGUAAAAAAAUUAGAGUGGGUUUGUAGCAUUUUGUUAAAAAUGUUUGAAGAUCUUACAUCAUCUUUACUCUAAAAACAAAAUUACUGAAGUCUAACCAAUAGAUUGGUGAUAAAAAGAAAUUUAUAUUUCUCAUUUGAUUUGUCGCAUUUUAUCGUGAAACUGUUAAAGAAAGAUGUUUAAUUUCUGUAUUUUGAAGUGAACUUGUAGUGUUUAUUCUUUUUUGUAUAGUUUCUCCAUGCGAAAGAAGACGUUUCAUUUUUAAGUUUUGAUAUGAAAAUUCACAAUGUAAAAGAAGACGUCCUAUACUUUGAAUCCCAAGUGAAAUUUGACCAAAUGAAGAAAAACAAUUUCAGGUAAUUCCUUUAUGUGUGGAGUUCCAGCACCUGUAAGGAGUCAUUAUAUUACUAAGAUCUCGUAUUGGUUUUUGCAUUUUCAAAAUAAAAAUUGUAUCUACGUCUUUGUGAUGAUAUCUGUUCUAUUCGAGGUUCAAGGAGUUCUUGUUUUUUUUCAUUCAAAUUUAUGUGUGAGUUUUUGGGAUUACAAAUAUAUUUUUUUUCAUGGAGUGGAUUGUACAUUGCUGUGUGAUAUUUUUUUCCCCUCAAAGAUAGAUCAGCAAAAAGAUUCAUAGCACAGUUGUUCCGAAAGAUCUUUUUAUUCUUUUCUGAUAUAUUUUUAUACUGAAUUUUUAAAGAUAUGUUUUCAUGAUUGCUCCUAGAAAAAAGUCCUUAAUAGCCUGUGCAGGGCUUCAAAUUUUACUCCUCUCUGGAUGAAAGAAUUUGUUUAAAGUGUGGGCUUUUUUACCAUCCUAUUCUGCUGUACACUGUCAACUCAUAAGUUUGUCCAUUUAGACGUGCCAUGUUUUACCCAGUUCAGUAUUGUUUGCAGCUCCAUCUUUUGACAUUCCCGGGCAUUUUUUCUUGACGCCUCCAUACCAAUCAUAUUUUCUUACAGUUUGAUGCAUUAAAUCCUGAAAUUUCUUUGUUCAGUAGCAUGUACUGCUCUUACUAGUUGAUGAUAGUAGUU